AUGGCUGAACACUUUAGGGAAGCAAGUAGAUGUUAUGGCUGCAUGAUUUAUCCUGAAAAACCCAUGUACCUGCAAUGUAGGUAUAUCUGCUGCCUCCAGUGCAUCAAUUCACUGCACAAGGAGCCUGAUGAGGAGACUUUAUUGUGCCUCUUCUGCUCCCUGGUCUCUCAGAAGAAGGACAUCAGGCCCAGUAGCCAGCUGGGGGCACUGGUUUCAAAGAUCAAGGAAUUAGAGCCCCAGCUGAGAGCUGUUCUCCAGAUGAAGCCAAGGAUGAGGAAGUUCCAAGUGGAUAUGACGUUGGAUGUUGACACAGCCAACAACCACCUCACCAUUUCUGAGGGCCUGAGGAGUGUCUGCUGUGGGUAUUUCCAACAGUAUUGGAGGACCCGUGCUGAGAGAUUCAUCUAUGCAAUUUGUGCCCUGGGCUCCCCUCGGUUCAUGUCUGGCCGCCAUUACUGGGAGGUGGACCUGGGGAGAAGCAAAGAAUGGGAUAUGGGCAUUUGCAGAGAAUCUGUUAGUCCAGGAGUAAUUCUAUUGUCUUCAGAACUUGGCUUGUGGACUGUGGGGUUGAACAACGAAGAUCUCUUCUCAGCCAGCUCUAUGCCUUUUACUGUUCUCUCAGUGAGCCCUAGGUUACAUCGAGUAGGGGUUUUCCUGGAUAUGGAUAUUGGGAUCAUUUCCUUUUAUUACGUUAAUGAUGGAUCCCAUAUUUUUAUGUUCACUAAAAUUUCUGCUGCAGAGCCUCUGCGUCCAUUUUUUGCUCCUGCAAAUCCAAUUAAGGAUGACCAGAGCUUCCUGAGAAUCUGUCCUGUGACGAAUCCAGGCAUGGCUAGUCCUCAAAUGAGACCUGGGCAAGGAAAAUGA